AUGUCUGAGCCAGUCAUCUUACACCUCAGAGCAGAGACCAAGCCCUUAGAGGCAAGAGCCGCAUUGACCCCAUCCACCACCAAGCAGUUGUUGGAUGCUGGUUUCCAGGUGUAUGUUGAAGAUAGCGAACAAUCCAUCUUCAAGGCCGAGGAGUACGCUGCUGUGGGCGCAACCAUCGUGCCUGCUGGCUCUUGGAAGUCUGCACCUUCCAAUAGAAUCAUCUUCGGUUUGAAGGAAUUGCCCGAAAACGAGACUUUCCCUCUCAUUCACGAUCACAUCCAGUUUGCUCACUGUUACAAGGACCAAGCUGGCUGGAAGGACGUGUUGAAGAGAUUCCCUGCUGGAAAGGGAACCUUGUACGAUUUGGAGUUCUUGGAAAAUGACCAGGGCAGAAGAGUGGCCGCUUUCGGCUUUUACGCUGGUUUUGCCGGUGCUGCUAUUGGUGUAUUGGACUGGGCUUUCAAGCAGACUCACGAUGACUCAGAGAACUUGCCUGGUGUCACUCCAUAUCCUAACGAGGAUGCUUUGGUCGACUACGUCAAGCAGGAGUUGGCUGCUGCUUUGAAGGUCACUGGUGGUAAGUACCCUCAGUGUCUUGUCAUUGGAGCAUUGGGCAGAUGUGGAUCUGGUGCUCUUGAGCUUUUCAGAAAGGUUGGUAUUCCAGAGGACCAAUUGUUGAAGUGGGACAUGGCUGAAACUGCCAAGGGAGGUCCAUUCCAGGAGAUUGCCGACUCGGACAUUUUUGUCAACUGUAUCUACUUGUCGAAGCCAAUUCCUCCGUUCAUCAACGCUGAAUUGUUGAACAAGAAGGACAGAAAGUUGAGAUCCAUUGUGGAUGUCUCUGCUGACACAACCAACCCACACAACCCAAUUCCUGUUUACACUAUUGCUACUGUAUUCAACGACCCAACCGUGCCAGUUGACACUACUGAAGGUCCAAAGUUGUCUGUGUGCUCCAUUGACCACUUGCCAUCCUUGUUGCCAAGAGAAGCCUCCGAGUUCUUUGCCAAGGACUUGAUGCCAUCGUUGUUGGAGUUGCCAAACAGGCACACAUCGCCAGUGUGGGUGAGAGCCAAGAAGUUGUUUGACCACCAUGUUGCCAGAUUGGACUAA